CGCCGGCGCGCAAGCAGCCGCCGCAGCAGCAGUAGAGCAGGCCGGUCGGUGCGUCUUGCCGUGCUCGCCGUCGUCGGCGCAUCCGCUGUGGGUGUGCGUGCCUUCGCCGUGCGUGCGUGUGUGUGUGUGUUUUGUGUGCGUGUGGCGUCUCCCUAGCCAGCCAGCUCGGCGCAAGCAGCGGCAAGGUCGGCCCCCGAUCAACAUCGGCCAUGGGAGACGACGGAGGCGGCGGCGAGGAGCAGCUGUCCGAGCAGUUCACUUCGGGAUUCCGGCUACGAGCGCGCAAAGGCGCUCUCAAGAAGAAGAACGUCUUCGAAGUGAAGGACCACAAGUUCAUACCGCGCUUCUUCAAGCAGCCCACCUUCUGCUCGCACUGCAAGGAUUUCAUCUGGGGCUUUGGGAAGCAGGGAUACCAGUGCCAAAUAUGCAGCUUUGUUGUGCACAAGCGGUGUCACGAGUUCGUCACCUUCAAGUGUCCUGGCAAGGACAAGGGCGUCGACUCAGACGAUGCACGGACCAAGCACCAGUUCGUGCUGCAGACGUACACCAGUCCAACCUUCUGCGACCACUGUGGCUCGCUCUUGUACGGUCUCAUCCAUCAGGGCUACAAAUGCAAAGCUUGCGACAUGAACGUGCACAAACGGUGCCAAGAGAGUGUGCCGAACCUUUGUGGCUGCGACCACACCGAACGGCGAGGGCGUAUCCACCUGAAGGUUUCGGCAACCACUACGCGGCUCACCUGUGAAGUGCGGCAGGCACGCAACCUGAUCCCGAUGGACCCCAACGGCUUGUCGGACCCCUACGUCAAGCUCAAGCUGAUUCCCGACAUGGGUGACUCCGCCAAGCGGAAGACCAAGACCAUCAAGGCCUGCCUCAACCCCGAAUGGAACGAGACACUCGUCUUCGACCUCAAACCCAUCGACAAAGACCGGCGACUGCUGAUCGAGCUGUGGGACUGGGACCGGACGUCGCGCAACGACUUCAUGGGCUCCCUCUCGUUUGGAAUCUCAGAGAUUCUCAAGUCGCCGGCCGAAGGCUGGUUCAAGCUUCUGACGGCCGAGGAGGGCGAAUUCUACAACGUCCCCGUGCCCCCCGAGAACCCGGCACUUGCGCAGGGAGCAACGCACCACCAGCAGUCGAGGCCGCGGCCGACACCGCAGGCCUCCUCGGACCUUAUCCCGCACAACAUGGGCAAGCAGGACGUGAUCCGAGCGUCUGACUUCAACUUCCUGCUCGUGCUGGGCAAAGGCAGCUUUGGCAAGGUUCUGCUGGCUGAGCGGCGUGGCACCGACGAGCUGUAUGCCGUCAAGGUGCUGAAGAAGGAUGUCAUCAUCCAGGACGACGACGUUGAAUGUGCUAUGGUUGAGAAGCGGGUGCUGGCGCUGGCAACCAAGCCCCCGUUCCUCGUGCAGCUGCACUCGUGCUUCCAGACGAUGGAACGACUCUACUUUGUCAUGGAGUACGUCAACGGAGGGGACCUCAUGUUUCAGAUCCAGCAGUGCGGCAAAUUCAAGGAGCCCGUGGCCGUCUUCUACGCCGCCGAGAUUGCCGUCGGACUCUUCUUCCUGCACUCGCGCUCCAUUGUGUACCGUGAUCUGAAGCUGGACAAUGUCCUGCUAGACCAGGAUGGGCAUAUCAAGAUUGCCGACUUUGGCAUGUGCAAGGAGGGCAUCCAAGGGGAGAAGACCACCAAGACGUUUUGCGGCACGCCUGACUACAUCGCCCCCGAGAUCAUCCUGUACCAGCCAUACGGAAAGUCGGUGGACUGGUGGGCAUACGGGGUGCUCUUGUACGAGAUGUUGGUCGGGCAGCCACCCUUUGAUGGUGAGGACGAAGAAGAACUGUUUGCCUCCAUCACGGACCACAACGUCUCUUACCCCAAGGCGCUCUCCAAGGAAGCCAAGGAGGCCUGCAAAGGGUUUCUGACCAAGAACCCAGCACGGCGUCUGGGCUGCGGUUCAUCAGGUGAGGAGGAUGUGCGGACACACCCAUUUUUCCGUCGCAUCGACUGGGACAAGAUCGAGAACCGCGAGGUGCAGCCACCAUUCAAGCCCCGCAUUAAACACCGCAAGGACGUGAGCAACUUUGACAAGCAGUUCACCAGCGAGAAGAUCGAGCUGACGCCCACCGACAAGCUGUUCAUGAUGAACCUGGACCAGACCGAGUUCAUGGGCUUCUCCUUCCUCAAUCCGGAGUUUGUGCAGCACGUCUAGCCAGACUCUUCUGCCGUCUAUUUAUUGUUUAACUAUAAUUAUUAUUACCACACCGCACCCGACGUCAACGAUGCGUGCCUCCCCGCGAGGGGGUCCCACCACCAUCUCUCUCCUCAGGACUCGGAACCUUCAUGCCCGUCAACACACUGUAUUGUACUCGGGGACAAGUUUGCGUGGCCGUCGGGCUAGGGCAGUGGGCCCGAGUCUUGUUCCUACAUACUCAACGCGCUGUCGCCGAGCGGCGCAUGUACGCGACGUGACUGAGUGCUUUCCCCCGUAGGCUGCAAUGGCGUUUGUCUGAGGGCUCGCAUCCUUGGGCAGUUUGAGCUUUAUUCAGCAGAGGGGUACAGUCUCUUCAGGCGGGAUUACAGGUUUCUUGGCCACGAGCGGCAAGAUGUAUUUGAGACUGCCUGGAAUGACUGGUGGCGUACCCGUUACGAAGGCAUAUCAGACGUUGGAGUCUUCUCGCGCACAAAGCUAAUGUCAGCUGAGUAUUUAAGAUGGCGUGGCGUGGCUACUAGCUGAGACAACGACGCGAUAUUCUUCACUGCCAUUCGGAAGUUGUCCCCGAGAGCGUCAGCGGUAUUUUCACGUUGUUUUCACAUUCGGUAGGACGUGCGCUUGAGAGAGUUAAUCUCGGAAUGCCAGACAGGCUGGAAGAGCGCCGCGUACGUGGAAGCCUUCAACUUGGGCCGCAGGGCAUGACCCCAGCUUAUGAACCUUGAGCUUCGCAGAGCACUCUCCAAUGAGCACUUCGACUGUUCCUUGCUUCGCAAUUUUUCGCCUAAAUUUUCCAUACAGCAGUGUCACAGGGGACGUUGGUUUCCAUGGAACUUCCGUACGUUAAUGAUAUGCGAACGUUGUAAAAUCUUGAUGGACCUCUUGUUACACCCGUGUUACACAUGUGUUAGUCUCAAGCUUUUGGUGAUACAUUAUAAGCGUCGUUGUCGAAACAACUCUUUACUCUAUCGAAUGACGUCCUCAAGGGACGUUUUCUGUCCUCGACGUCCUAUGGAAGCUGUGUCUAUACGUGGUCCUUACUUCCGGCACUGUCGCAGUACGGGGAGACUCGCGUCCCACGAAUACGAUUCUGUUUUCUUUUCACUUUUAAGCAGCAUGCCACCGCGUUUUCUCCUGGUGAUGGUUGAGCCCAUGCAUCAUUAUCAUGUUGAUGGGUCUUUCCCCCCGUAAUACUGUCACUAGUGCAGCGACCGAGAACGUGGAUGCCGGUUGUAGUAAUGGCCCGCGGACACUUCCAGACCAACUUGGAAAAUGACCACCGGAAGUUGUCUAUGAAAGGCCAAUUUUUGACACGACCAUUCCUGUUGGCAUAGUCUUCCCAUCGUUGUGAAGCAAAUCUCGACCUCAUAAUGUUGUACUGUCGUACCAAACAAUCGACCCACUCAGGAAAGUUCGUCAAAGUUUCAGGCAAGUGUCGGAAAUGAAGUGGAAAGAUUACGGUCUUGAAAAAUUUUAUUUCACCCUGUGAUUCCCGGUUUUGGCGGAAAUGCGAUCGUUGCGACAAAACUUGUGGCUCCCUCUAUCGACGGCUGCCUACCAGGCACUUGAAAAUAACUAAGCUCCUUCUUGUACGCUGGGCUAUUUCAGAACUAGGCCAGCAUACUUAAGUCGGAAGGCUUUCUAGAGGCUGUUCAGUAAUUUCAUGGUACACAUUAUGCGUUUUGGUAUUCUAGUCUGCUCUUUUUUUGAUUCGUGUAGCAUCAACGAAGUUGUCCGCUAACUGCCGUAAACAGCUUGCCAGAGGUUUAUUCGUUGAAAGGCGUGACUAGUCAUUCGGGGAGGGAAGGAGGGGUACUCGGCUAACAAGGAGAUUCAAAAGGAAGCUAAGGACGGUAGAUUGAGCGGCAAAAAAUGGUUUGACAGUAGUAAUGACAAGAGAUGAGAAGGCACAAUUAGACGGAGCCAGUAGUGUUACACAGGUCAUAUAACCGGUAAUCUAGAGAAUAUAGCCGAUGGUACACCGAGAGAUUCACAACGCAGCCUAUGAAGGCGAAUAAGUGUGUACGCGAUGUGAAGAUAUUCUUAAAUUCCCCAUGUAUGGAGCGGCUGCGGUUGAUGCGGGGCAGGGUCGACAGGAAAGCUGUGGUAGAAGUCACCGACCUGGCAGUUGGCCUCUGCCGGGUGAAGACUACUAGGAACUGAAAACACUCAAAUUGCCCAGCUUGGAGCGGCAGAGGCGUCAAAUACAUAUGUUCUUUUGUCAGAGCGGGCCGGUGGAACUGCAAUGUUCGCAAUGUGAACCGACCUUUGCCGCCGCGCCGUUGACAGGUGGGGCUGUUUAUUUUUUUUUCCUUGAUCGACCUCGUGUCAAGUGACUUGGGGUCGACUAGAAAGUCAGCACAAGAAGGCACGGUCACGUUUCUUCAAGUCGAGUCAUGGAUAGUGACUCGCCAUUAGCAUCGAACGCGACACCUUGUGCAGAUUACGCGGUUUAGCGAACUUGUAGCCUCCAGCAUACAAAACAUGUGAGAUAAUAUGUCCCCGUCUAUAACACCUGAGUCCGCGCCGGUGUGCGUUGUGCACAAGAAAAAUGGAAUAGGGCUAAACACCGAGCCACAGAAUGAACCUCUGCGUCACUUUGGUGAAAUUUCUGCUACUGCGAUCGCAGGUUUCCUGUUUUUCACAGCAGUGCUGGCUAACUACCGGCCCCGAUCAAUUAUCUUCAUACCAGUUCAGUUAGAAUCAUGUAUUUCGCAUGUUUGUCUUGGUGUAUUCAUCACUUAGUUUGACCCGCUUCCUCCUUGUAACGACGCUGGCUCGUAAUUCCAUGAACAUCCUCGAGACAGCGAAGAUCGCUCCGUCGAAUUAGCUUGUUUUGGCGAAACACAAUCUAAUUGAAGUUUGCCUCCUAUUUAUGACGAAGGCACCGUGGACGUUUCUUUUCCGCCAUUGUUUGAUGUGACCUUUGUUUAGGCCCUGUCACCCAAAAGUGAGUGAUGAGGCCUGUCUAGAAGAUGCGUCGCUUUCGGUUAGCCACCAGAGGGAAAGAAAGGGCUUGCAUUUGCCCCCACAAAGAAGUAUAGUGCCAAAUAAACCAUGUACCAUCGAAUGCAAGCAUCAGUUCUCGAUACUCUGUCCUCGCGUCUUGUAGUUUUCCGCUGGCGACUUUCGAAGUCGUCGCCACGACUUGUGUAUCGGCCUUGAAGCGCGCGUCGAACCGAGGCGAUGAGCAGGCUUUCGGCUACGCUGUAUGAGCACAUUCUUAUUUGCAGUUUGUCUGAGGCAUCGUCCACAUCUCCUUUAGUUGUUGGCUGAAAUCAGUUCCAGCUGCUUUUAAUAUGUGGUCCUGAACGCUGGAAUUUCGUUGAAGAUCGUCAGAAGCCAGCGUGCAUCUAAACGCUCAGCGCACCACUUUAUUUUCCAACAAAGGUCAUUACGAGCCUUAGAAAUAUUUUGACGGUAUGAAGUUGACGUCUCCCAUAAAGUUGUUAACGAAUUGCCCUACAACGACCCUUAUUCAUCGCUCACAAGCUCAAAGCAGACCUUAUCGAGCCAAUUUUAUGAAAUUCCUUGGUUAUUCUCUUACCAUUUGAACGUCGCUGGAAAUGUUUUGCACCUCUAGGGGCUGUUCGCUGGUUUGAGUUGAACGGCAUCAAUUAAAAAAAAAUAUACCAGUUUUAGUGUCGCGUUCCGUCUCACAGUUUCGAUUUUGCGUGGCCAAAUUCUCCAGCCGCCGCUGUGAAAGCAGAAACAGAAAGAAAGUUUUGGAAUCUGGCAUGCAGUGGAACUACAACCGCUGACUUGGCGGUCUACAAAUGCAUAUGUACCGGACAUCGACAAACACGCUGUAUCACUGCUGAAGUAGGCAUUCAACGUGUUUCAGGUGCGCUGUCAUUAAAUGCGAAUGGAAUUUGUAGUACUUGCGCAUCUAGUCAAAGGAUGUCCUUGAUGCUUGUUGCAUUUAGUUUUGUCUUCCUUAGCUUGGGACAUCUCAGGAAUUUUCGGAGCGGAUAGGCAGUACGAAACUUGAUGAAAUUCUAUUGCUGGAUAGGCUAAGUCCGCGAGACUUGUGCCAUAGGCUUUCUUGAUGUGUAUGUUUUUGCCGUUCGGCGUCUGCUCAGGAACGUACACGUCAGAGCGUUGUUUGUCCUAGUUACUAUUUGAUCGUUUUUGCAGGGGCAUCGAGAAUUUCCCGUCUCGUUGCGUUGUGAAUCUUGAGGAGGCCCCGUUCAGUAUUGAGGCGCAUGCUUAAAGGCAUUGUCGCUAAACCCGGGCUUGUUGCGACUUGGAGUUAUACGAGUCGUUAAUGGACUGUUUAUCCCUACGACCUCGCCGCUUGGCUGAUUAUUGUCAGCCACUGGAGGUGUUAUUUUUUUUUUUGCAAUGGUGUGAUGGUGACAUGUUUUUACGUAUUGAGAAAUUCUGCUUUGGAAGGUUUGGCUCACGAAAUUUGUCGAUCAAAUGUGAGGAAGGCGAAUCACAGUGCCGCUAUUUAUUCAUAAAACUGAUAGGUGUUUCUACUGGCUUAUGUUUCGUUCCACGGAGUAAAAUUGCUUGUCGGCAAAAAUCUUGCCCGAGGAAAUUCUCCUAGAAAUCAAAGUCCUUUUAAAGGUGGCAAACUCACUAAUUUCCUUGGUAGUUUUGUCGAUUGAAUUCGUCGAUUGAAAUUGUGCAUGAAAGUGUAUGAAGUAGAAACUUGGGUUUCCGCUUCAUGCAGAACGCAAACUGGUCUUUGAUGAAGCAAGGUUACCAACGAAUAUAGUUUGGCGGCGCAUUGCUGGUCGGCUCGAAACUCUGACGCUAGCGAUGAAAUGCCGAACGAGCGCAUUUCUGGUGAAAUUUUGAUUUGCAGCUCAGUCGGACUGCGUUAACUUUUCAUGUUUAGUGGUCCAAAGUCGCGGUCAUUAGACACCAGCAGACGUCGGCGAGACCAUUUUGCAAGAAGUUUGAAAUAAUUUCCUUCGGCUUUCCUCUUAUGUGUGGUUUGUAAAAAGUCGGCAAGGUCUUUUGGGAUAGACGGCUUUCUUUUUCAUAAGUGUACUGACCGUCAACGUUCUUGAGUUACGCUGUGGCGAAUGCCUUUCCUCAAGCUUUUGAGAGAGCUCAUUGUAAAUUUUCCUGCUCGAAAGUAUCGCAUUUAGAUUUUUUCUCUGACAGGCGUGUCCUAAAAUUUGCUGGAAUGCUUCAGCAGCUUGCUUGAGAAUACCUGAGAUGUCUAUGGAACGUUUGAACGCUAAACACUCGUGCGAGCGAGCCCCAGGUUGCAUCGCGUUCUUGCUAUCCUAUUCUGCGUAGUAUGCGGCUCAUCUUUGUUACGUUUCCCUGUCUACGUCACCACGCACUUCGGCCACUUUUUAUAUGCGGGGCGAAGUAGUUCUACAACCAGUGGACUCACUUUUAUUAACGGUGCUCCACGAACGAUGCAGGUCGCCCUUUAAAGCCAGCUUCACAAUUUACAAAUUGUGCGUGUUUUCAACCGCAGCGACUGCAGAAACCGGUCCUGUGCGGCGGCGCAGCGGAGUUUCGAUUUUGUGAAAACUUUCGCCGUGGCGGUACGGCUGACCAAUGGUAGCGCCGCACCACUCUGACGUAUGUGCUGACGCUUCAGUGGCAGUGCAUGAUUGGAGAGUGACAGUCGCCUAGUCGGCGGACGCUCGAAGUUGCAACAUGUGAAAUAAAGAGCGCGGCUGCGUUGGUCUCUCGACAGAUCAUGGUCGACGGUGAGGCAGAGAGAAUGUGUCGAGAGGUCUGCCGACAGGGAGUCCGAGAACAUCUCGACCUGCCACGUCAACGGUGCGAGUCAAGCGAAGACGCAAAGAAUAGAAUCAGGAGACAAAUCCCUGAAUUGUGCACAUUCUUCCAUUAUUCUUUCUUCGGUGUCUUUGUGGAAUGCGAGGUUUGCAUGACGAAGCACUAUCAACUAGCUCGAUUCUCUGCUCUUCUCAGCUCCGGCGCUCCUGAGCAUGUUUUCCCAACUUUUGAACUUGUCUUGAGUAGCCUGUUCAAGACGUGCUUGCCCACCCUUACCGAUCCACGGUACAAGUACGCAGCUCCGGCUGUGCCAGCGCCAAGAACUCUGGGAUAGUAUGUAUUCUUUUGUCAGUGUGCAUCGAACGAGCGCUCUCGUAAUUCUCGAGAACCAUUAAUUUCUUGUGUCUAACGUGUGUCUGCAAUAAGCUUUACCGUGCAAUAAUACCGUGGGCCACAUAUUUUUCUUGCCUAUCGAUAGUUUACGCUGAAUAGCUUGACGAAACUUUUGUUACCUCUGUUCCAAGGCCUUUUCUUGAGGCUAAUUGAUGGUGUGCAACCUUGGUAAAAAUCUCUGUGUUUUCGCGCUUCAAGACGUGUGAUGAAUUUCUCUCCGCAUUUCUCGCCGCCCUUCACAAGGUAGUACGUGUGUAAUCUUUGUUUCCUCCAACAAGAAAGUUCAACUGCAGUUUCAUCCCUUUCGAAACCAGUUCUGCUUGGAACAGAUCACAGCCGUGGCUAGGGCGGUGUUUUCUUUUUUUCCCCGCUCAGUGCUCCAGAUUGAAACGUUCGUGUUCGCAGCCAGACAACGCUGCUCUUUGAGGUUGUAGCUGGCUGAAGCAAUUCCGUGCUUAGUUGGGGAUAUGUACUGAAACACGUUCUCUAUUGCCAUGGCAGUGUAACUUUCGUGCAUGAAGAACGGCUGUUUCAUUCAGACGGUAUUCCCCAGGAAUUGCAGUGGCAUCUCAUGAUAUGCCCAGAAGACGUGAAGAGGCCUUCCGCUGCGGUCUCCGGAUUUCUCGGGGCGCAAUGACGACUUCUCCAGCAACUGAGCUCCGUUUUCCUUGUCAUUCGCGUCGUUAUAGUCGCUGCCGCCGGCGCCUCAUAACCAAGAGCGAUGUGUGCUGACGGAUAUACUGUGUAAUUAUGAUGCCAGUGUUUUACGACGAGCGAAUGCUCUCGCGACGCACCACAGUGUACAGCUCUGCUCGCUUUGUGUCGGCUGCAAGCCAUGAAAAAAAAGGUCUACUGUGAAUUCCAGCUAUUUGCCUUACCACAUACCUUAUCGCCUUACCGUGUACAACUCGAAACCUACCACCCAUUCAAUUGCUUCGAACGAGCUGUGAACUUGGGAUCUUGUGGCGGAACCCUCCUUUUAUGCUCGCGUCUAAAACCCUUCCCUCGUCGUGAAAGCUUCGAGUUCACCCCCACAAGGGUCGUUCGCUCCCGAACCUCUGGUGUCUGCUAUAUUGUUGUUCGUUAAAAACGCGGAUAUGUGCCCUCUUAGCAUUAGCAAGAACAAAACAAGGGCAAUGGACGGCACAUAUUUUUAAGCAUUUGUACUGUGUAUGCUCAUUGCUUUUAGCCAACAGAAAGCGUUCAACGAUGGUUUAAAUUAUAUGCUGAGCCCUGUUUUGUCUGAGCAACGCAUGCCUCGCGACGGUCUCUACUGAGGGUCGCACCUCAUCGAGUUGUUCGAAGACGCUCAACUUACCGACUCUGGUCAUUUCACUAAGGUGUUGAAGAACGCGGGUAUCUUUUCCCCCCCUUUGUUUCCUCACAAAUAUCGCAACGCCUAAUCAAUAUAGCAUGUUGUACGGAUAUUCCUUAGCCACUGUAUCGUAGCCGCCUCUCUCUCUGCUUGAAUAUUACUGGCCUGCUCCUUUGGCCUGGCGUGCGAUGGAAUCUGAUCCCCACCACCAGGUAUCUAUGCCCGAGUUCCGCGAACCCACGUGACAUGCGCUAUGCAUUUUAGCGAUGACUCCGCAUGCGGCGGAGAGAGUGCCAAAAUGGCGGCGCUUGAAUGUGAUCGGCGUCGAUGCAGUAACGCUGUGACGACAAAGCACUAGCUAUGGUAUGAAGCGUACUCGUUCCACCCUCUGAGAGGAUGGCCCUUGUCCGGGUCUCGAAGAGCCAACUUUUACACAUGCUCGGUUCAGGAACAGUAGUCGGUUUAACAUGCCCAUCUGUAGUACCAGAUUAGUCCGCCCCACGAUCUUGGUGAGCACUGAAUCUUGGAGUUUAUGUUAGCUCGAGAGUUUCGGCACGGCGUGCGCGUACGUGUCCCAGCUGGCGUAUCAUGACAAGCACUAGCCUAAUGCGGCGGCCAGCGAUAACGCUAGUAGCUGCAGUUCCUGAGGCUGUGUUUGAACAUUAUCUGUGAUUCCUUUAUUGCAUUGCGUGACCGUGGACCGCUUGUCGCCUGGGAGUUAGGUUCGGCCGAGAGAUUGAAGCACCCGUUUAUGUACUUUCGGAAGAUGGGAUUGGAUAGCAUAUUGUGUGACAUGUUCAGCUGGGCGCAAUUUCAAGGGUUGUUGUCGCUGUAGCGCCGAGGUCUCCGCAUACGUCAUGGCAUUUCUGUAAUACUGCAACCACAGUGCGUGCAUGUUCGUCCUGAAACUCUCUGCAAUCUAUGCUUGUUUCAAGAUGUGAAAACCGCUGCUGUGGCUUGAAUGGUAGCGAAUAAGAAAACGUACCCAAAGUGUAUCGUGAGACUUAGGUAUCGGUAACAAUUGCUCACGUUCCGCACAUCUCCUGAGAACGCGUCACACGAGUGACGGUAUUAUUAUUAUUAUUUUUUUUUUGCUACUUCGGCAAGCCUAUAAGUGGCAAUAUUUUGCGCAUGAGUUGACGCCGUGCAUGUAAACGUCCCCUAAAUACACGAACCACGCUAAUGUCCUUUGCGAGACGCGGCUUCAGUGGCGCCUCGAACUUCGUGCAGGGUCACUUAAAGGGCUAGUAUCCGUUUUCGCCAGCUGCGUACUACGCCCGCAAGCAUUAAAAAUGGGUCGAAGUGAAUGUCUGCACGAGGAAACGGCAUUACACGACAGGAUGGUUGCGUCUGUCGCGUUUUCAGCCUCCAGCGUUGAUCCUCUGCCGCUAAACCGACGCGAAGUGUGUCUGUUGUGAGGAGAAGUAAAAUAUUAUGUUGUGUUA